GUUGGGAGGUUGGUUGUGGUGGCCUAACCAAGGUCCUUUGGGCCUUUUGACAUUUCUUUCUGCCAUCACCAUCCCGAACAUAUUCAUAUUUCAAGAUCAUCUGCCUAUCUUACUUGUCCUGCCUCGCUAUACAAGAUAAUCAAGACAGAUAACGUGGUUCACAGUAUUGAUUCAUCCUCGGACAGAGAAGGAAUGCUUUGCUAGUACUUGAGACUUACUGACGACCAAGUUGUACACGGGAUAAAAUCAUAAUAUUUCUCGCAAAAUGAGCUCACCGCCAAGGGACGACCCGACGCCGACGCCACCCAAGAAUGACAACGACGACACGACGCCACCAAAGAAUGACAACGACGACCCGACGCCACCCAAGAAUGACAACGACGACCCGACGCCACCCAAGAAUGACAACGACGACCCGACGCCACCCAAGAAUGACAACGACGACCCGACGCCACCCAAGAAUGACAACGACGACCCGACGCCACCCAAGACUGAUAACGACGACCCGACGCCACCCAAGACUGAUAACGACGACCCGACGCCACCCAAGAAUGAUAACGACGUUCCGACGCUACCUAAGAACGACAACGAUGAUAACGUCGCGAACGACAAUGUUGUAGAAGGAGCAGCUAUAUCACCCGAAGACAUCCAAAAUCUUAACACCAUUCAAGAUUUUGACGUGUCUACGUCGGAAAAUGUUUCUGAAUUUCUCCGUUUCGUCGGCAUUCCUGGACAUAUUAUGGAUUCUGAGCUUAAUCUUCUCUUGUGGCUCAUCUUGGAGCAUGAACUUCAAGAAUUGGACAAGAAGGUUUUGUGGAUGGCAGCGAGAAAUAAUCCAAAGCCAGUUGUAAACAACGAUAAUGAAGAGGAUGACGUCGUGGACAACAACGUCCUCCUAGCACCAAUGCAACCAAUCAUCCUUGACCCUUCUAUUCCUAAUCCGCGUCCCUUCCUUCCAGGUCGAGAGGACCCAUUUGCAGGACUCACAAGCAGAGAGCGGAGAAGAAAUGCGUCACAUUCGGCGAAGUCUAGGAAGCAGAUCGAGUAUUUGCUACGUACGACCGGGUAUAAUUUGCCAUUUCAGCAACUAAGCGUUGCCGAGAGGAAGUCAUUGUUCCAACAAUUGGCAAAUUCGUCUGUGAUGCUGCCCCCCAAGUACAAUUCAGUUCCUGAGAUAUUGGACGAGUUGCGAACCAGAUCCAGAAUUACGGAAGAAUUCAAAAUUGGGGAUCGACUUGGUGGAGGGAACUUUGGGGAUGUGUACGAAGUGACAAGUCGCCAAUCGAAUAUAAAAUAUGCAGCGAAAAGAAUCUCCCUCAGUAUAAAUUGUUUCGAAGAAAUGAGGAUGACUUUGAAUGAAUCGAGAAUUUUGAAAAGUUUGAACCAUGAAAACGUCAUUCAAUGCUCAGAUUCUUGGUUGGAGUUAAAAUACGACCCUAGGCACCCAAACGAAAGUGAGGCCGAGCCACUAAAGUUUUACGUCUUGAUGGAAUUUUGCUAUCAGAGCUUUAGUGAAUGGAUUACUGAAGUCAGAGAAAAGCCUACUUUGAAGUUAAUGAUUCUUAUAUUAAAGCAGCUACUUGGUGCAGUUCGCUACUUGCAUUCAAAUCAAAUCUUGCAUUUCGAUAUCAAUACUAGAAAUAUUUUGUGGCAAACUGAAGAAAGAACGGUUUUAAAAAUUGGAGACUUUGGGUUGGCCAUUAAAGGUGACUCAUUCCCUUACCAAACAGGAACGCCACCAUAUGCUGCCCCCGAAUGUGUUUUCACCUACAAGAGUGACGUCUUCUCACUUGGUGUCACAAUACUUGAAAUCGCUGAUAACAUUACUACUGCUCAAGAAUUGAUUCAGAGACUCGAAGUCAGCGAUUAUUCAACUGAAUUUGCAUUCUUGAACAAUGCUUUGCCCAUCGUUCUGAGCAAGAAUCCCAACACACGACCCUCUGUUCAGCAGUUUCAAAACAUGUUGACUCGGGUUUUGAACCCCCCAGCACGGCCAGUGUUAGAAUUGGAACCAGAAGACUAUUUGCUUCUACGACCUCCUGUGCCCGACGCUAUCCAUGAAGAAGAUGAAACCGAAAGUGAUGACGAUGACGAUCAAGGAAAUGGAAAUGAAGUUGAGGAGGAUGGAAACAGGGCUCCCCAGGAUGACGACGACGACGACGACGACGAAGAUGAUGAUGAGGACAAGGAGUGAAUCCUAACCGUGAGGACUAGAACGAUCAAUAAAUAAUGUGAUAUAUUAUAUUGUCUAGUGAACUGUGAUAGCAGAAAGCGUAUGUAUAAUAUUAUAAUGAAUAAUAGUCCUAUCUAUAAUGAUCAGAGCUCCUAAAAAUCAGUUUAUGAUUUCAAACUAGACUUCAUCAGUUCAAUAUUAUUGUGUUCCUCUAUUUUAUAUUUUAUCAUGUGCUAAUGUUUUUAAUCUACAAGGUUGGAUAAUUUUAUCCAUUAAAAUUAUUAUGAUUCGUCAAUGCUGAGCA